GGGGCGGGAGGAAGCCGGUCUCAUUCAACGCAGCGGCUACCCUGCGGACUCUUUUGCACAGUAUCGGCCCGGACCCCAGGCACAAUGUCGAAGGGACCUUCAGUUGGCAUUGAUCUCGGCACCACCUACUCCUGCGUAGGAGUCUUCCAGCAUGGAAAAGUGGAAAUCAUUGCCAAUGACCAGGGAAAUCGAACCACCCCCAGUUACGUCGCCUUCACAGACACAGAGCGUCUUAUUGGAGAUGCUGCAAAGAAUCAAGUUGCGAUGAACCCCACCAAUACGGUUUUUGAUGCCAAGCGUCUGAUUGGCCGGCGAUUUGAUGAUGCGGUUGUCCAGUCAGAUAUGAAGCAUUGGCCCUUCACGGUGGUGAAUGAUGCAGGCAGGCCAAAGGUCCAGGUGGAGUACAAAGGGGAGACCAAAAGCUUCUAUCCAGAAGAGGUGUCAUCUAUGGUCCUGACAAAGAUGAAGGAAAUUGCUGAAGCUUAUCUUGGGAAGACAGUCACUAAUGCUGUGGUCACAGUCCCAGCUUACUUCAAUGAUUCCCAACGUCAGGCGACCAAAGAUGCGGGAACAAUUGCUGGUCUCAAUGUGCUCCGUAUCAUCAAUGAGCCAACUGCCGCUGCUAUUGCUUAUGGCUUGGACAAGAAGGUUGGUGCCGAGAGAAAUGUGUUGAUCUUUGACCUUGGAGGUGGUACCUUUGAUGUCUCCAUCCUCACCAUUGAAGAUGGGAUCUUUGAAGUGAAGUCAACAGCUGGAGAUACCCACCUGGGUGGGGAGGACUUUGACAACCGCAUGGUCAAUCAUUUCAUUGCCGAGUUCAAGCGCAAGCACAAGAAGGACAUCAGUGAGAACAAGCGUGCCGUCCGCCGCCUGCGUACCGCUUGUGAGCGAGCCAAACGCACCCUUUCCUCCAGCACCCAGGCCAGCAUUGAGAUUGAUUCCCUCUACGAGGGCAUCGACUUCUACACCUCCAUUACACGAGCCCGCUUCGAAGAGCUGAAUGCUGAUCUGUUCCGUGGCACCCUGGAUCCCGUGGAGAAGGCCCUGCGAGAUGCCAAGCUCGAUAAGUCCCAAAUCCAUGAUAUCGUCCUGGUUGGCGGCUCCACCCGCAUCCCCAAGAUCCAGAAACUCCUACAGGACUUCUUCAAUGGCAAGGAGCUGAACAAGAGUAUCAAUCCGGAUGAGGCUGUUGCCUACGGUGCAGCUGUCCAGGCGGCCAUUCUGUCAGGAGACAAGUCUGAGAAUGUGCAGGAUCUUCUCCUGUUGGAUGUGACCCCCCUGUCCCUGGGAAUUGAAACAGCAGGAGGGGUCAUGACUGUCUUGAUCAAGCGCAACACCACCAUCCCCACCAAGCAGACACAGACUUUCACCACCUACUCAGACAACCAGCCUGGUGUACUCAUUCAGGUUUAUGAAGGUGAGAGAGCCAUGACCAAGGACAACAACCUGCUUGGGAAGUUUGAGUUGACUGGCAUCCCUCCUGCUCCCCGAGGUGUGCCUCAGAUCGAGGUCACCUUUGACAUUGAUGCCAAUGGCAUCCUGAAUGUGUCUGCUGUGGACAAGAGCACAGGCAAGGAAAACAAGAUCACAAUCACCAACGACAAAGGGCGUCUGAGUAAAGAAGACAUCGAACGCAUGGUGCAGGAGGCAGAGAAAUACAAAGCUGAAGAUGAGAAGCAGAGAGACAAGGUGUCUUCCAAGAACUCCCUUGAGUCUUAUGCUUUCAACAUGAAGGCAACAGUUGAGGAUGAGAAGCUCCAGGGCAAGAUCAGUGAUGAGGAUAAGCAGAAAAUCCUGGACAAAUGCAACGAAAUCAUCAACUGGCUGGAUAAGAACCAGACUGCUGAAAAGGAAGAGUUUGAACACCAACAGAAGGAGCUGGAGAAGGUGUGCAACCCCAUCAUCACCAAACUGUACCAGAGUGCAGGUGGCAUGCCUGGUGGGAUGCCCGGGGGCUUCCCUGGUGGUGCAGCCCCUCCCUCUGGUGGAGCAUCCUCUGGUCCCACCAUCGAGGAGGUUGACUAAGCUCCCCAGGAGAAAGCAUGUUCCACACCAGGCUCUAAACCACUCAGAAGGACCCCAAUUUGGAGCCAGGGCUGGGUGCAGCAGCAACUCAAAACUCCCCUUUGAGUGGCUGGGUCAUCUUUCCAGGCAUUCUGAAUACUUGAAUGUACACAGGGAGAGGAGUGAACACCAUCGCACUUUAUCAGUACUGUAAACAAGUGGAAAUGCAAUUCAUGUCCUGAACAAUAAAUCCUAUUUAAUUGGCACCAUA